AUGACGAACCAUGGAGCAGAAGCUCUUGCUCGAACGAUCAUCGGCAUCAUUGGGAAUGUAAUCUCUUUCGGCCUAUUUCUCUCUCCAGUACUAACUUUCUGGAGAAUUAUAAAGAGAAGAGACACAGAGGAGUUUCACCCGUACCCGUACCUAGCCACUGUGAUGAACUGUGUGUUCUGGAUAUUCUAUGGUUUACCAAUUGUUCAUCCUGAUAGCCUUCUUGUUGUUACCAUCAACGGCAUUGGUCUCGCCAUGGAGUUGAUCUAUCUAUGCAUUUUCUUCGUCUUCACCAGCCCCAAAAAUAGAAGAACCAUUCUGCUUUUUCUUCUGGGUGAGAUAGCAGUGUUUGCUGUUAUGGUUGUCUUAACACUCCAUUUCUUCCACUCCCACCAAGCAAGAUCCAUGUUUGUGGGUGUGGUCUGUGAUAUCUUUGGUAUCAUUAUGUACGGAUCCCCUCUGUCUAUCGUUAGAAAGGUAUUUAAAACAAAGAGUGUAGAAUUCUUGCCAUUUUGGCUGUGCUUCGCUGGUUUCAUGAAUGGACUCUUCUGGUUUACGUAUGCUUUCCUCAAGACUAUUGAUCCCUAUCUCGCUGUUGGAAACGGAAUUGGAGCACUUCUAGGGUUGAUUCAGCUCUGCGUAUAUGUAUAUUUUAGCCAUUUCGGGAAGGCACGACAAGGUGUUAUGCCAUCUGAAGUGCCACUCGAGUCCGCCGGAAUAGACUGGAAGCCAUCAGCACCACCCCUCUGA